AGAGGAGCAUAUUCGUAUCGACGCAGCAUGUCCGGCGGAGCAUCAGUCAGUCGGCGCAUCGUUAUCGCGAGUGCGAUCGGGCCCUUGCUGUGGCUGGCAACACUGUCGGCGGCCGGCACUAAAUCACGUCCGGUAUCGAGCGCAGAUUUCGUUGCAAUUCGGACGGUGCCGAAUCGGACCGUGCUCUGCUGGGCCAUAAAGCUGUCCCCGACGGCGUACGUCGCCGAUGCCGCGUGUGUCCGGCGAUAUCGCCGGCACCAAAUUGCGAUGAUUUACGGUGACGGCGUCCCGCGAGAGCCCGAACUCGGAUGUUUGCGGGGCAGGUUGGUGAGCCUGCGAACACCGCAGUGUCGCCACGGUGUACCCUCGCUGGCCCUGGUCACUGCCCCGGCCGGUAGCAAUCGGUCCAGCUUGAGCGAGACGGUGCGGAACUUCAUUGCCGCCUACGGAAUAGCACAAGAGCCCGGGACUGAGUGUCGCGAGUGCGAGAUCCUUGCCAUUCGUCGUGUACUGCCCUGCCGGACGGUCGAGCCCGGCACGGUGGUACUGUACAACGACUGCCGCAAACAGAUCGAAGCCAUCGAGCGCGCGGCCAUGAAUAGACAAACGGCGGAACUGGAUGGCUGGACGUGGCAGCUACGGCGAACCCUGCAGAAGACGUUGUACGCACGGCUGGAGCAGCGGGGCAGGCAGCAGCUGGAGUGGCUCAAGUUUAUCACCUCGCCACGCCGCUGAACCGGUCCCCGGGAACGGCGCAACGCUGGUCAUUAUACGUUUUUCGCAUAAAAUGUUGCAGAUCCGUAGGAUAGGGUGCAAUAAAAACACGCUGCGUGCA